UGCUGGGGGCUGCGGGGGUGCCUGAGAGGACGGCCAGAGUCCUGGAGGGUGACCAGAAGCCCUGCAGGGGCUGGGGUCUGCAAGGAUGUGGGAGCACAGGGACCGAUCGAGGGAGGCCAGGAGGGGCGGGUGUCCCUGGAGCUGGCGGGGAAGGCAAGAGUGCAGGGCUGGGCAGCUCGUCCCAGGGCUGCCCAGGAGAACCUGUCAGGGAAGGGCUGUGAGGUCGCGUCCCACACCACUCUGCCAGGUCACGGUGAGGACAGGGCCAGAGGGCAGCGGGGAGGCUGGGCAGUGGCCAGGCCUGAGAACCCGGGGCCAGGAGACAGAGAGGGGGCAGGAGCAGGGGACCCACUGCCCAGGGCCCGGAGGGGUAGGGGCUGGGCACUGCCCAGGGGAUGGUUACACGGGGGCCACAGAGGACGCUCGGGACCCAGCAAGGCUGACACUGCCGGUCGCCUGCCCACAGUGAGAUGGGGGCAGGGCAGAGGGCAAGGGGGUGCCACUGACCCACCCAAGAGGUCAUGGUCGGGGCUGGAGGGUGGAGGGAAGGGGCGCGUGUGGGUGUGAAGCCCUACCUCGCAGGCGCCCCCAUCAUGGGCUCCGGACGCCCUGCCCCUCCCCCCAGAAUCCAGGUCAGAGGCGGGAGCGGCCUCCACUUCCUGCAGACUCCACGGCCGCCGCCACCACCACCUGGGGCCGGGGCUUCCUUCCGGGGUGCAGUGGGAGUACCCCCUGGACCGGCACAGGCACCUUCCUCCCUCCCCUGCCGGCGAGCACCUGGAGAGCGAGCCUCGCUCCUCUCAGCCCCUGCGCACUGACUCCCGCGUGCGCACGAGGAGCCCUGUGCGGGCAGCGCUAGGACUGCGGGGCCCGCCUUCCUGCUCCGGGGCCCCAGGGGGCUGCCCGGCUCCUCCGGGCUGGGUGGGCUCCGCCGGGUGAGAAGCAGGGGAGAUGGGCCCCGGGGGCUGUCAUGCCUAGGCCUUGGGCGGAGCUGCCCCUCUGGGACAGAAGGGCAGGGCCGGGAGCUCGGGCAGGGGCUGUGCUGAGCCGGGACACCGGCGUCAAGCCGCACCCCGUCUGGCUUCCUCUCCACGCCGCGCUGCGUCUCCCGGGCCUGCCCCUGCCCCUCGCCCCAACCUCAGUCUCCGCAGGCCACGCUGGGGCGGACGGGAUGCGUCCAUCUCCCUGCCACCAUCGGUUUCCUCGCUGUUGGUGUCUCCUGAGACCCCACGGGAAUUUUAGGACGAUUUUUCUAUUUCUGCAAGAAACGUCACUGGGAUUGCGGAGAGCCUGGAGGUGGCUUCCGGCGGGUCUCCAUCCGACAGCCCCUCAGGUCGGCUCCAUUGCGUGCCCCGCCCUGGGCGGCUUCUCUGUGCCGAGCUGGUGCGUCCCCAUCCCCGGAGACGUGAGCCCCUCCUUCUCCUCCAGGCCACAGACAAGGAAACGCGCUUCUCGGCUUCGUCCAGGUUUGCUCCUGCGUCUGCGGAGGAGCACGGGGCGUCCGGGGCGGACUCGGAAUCCCGCCCCUUCCCCGACUCCGCUUCUCCUGCUUCUUGGGACAGCGUCGAGUUUCCCGCGGGCGGGACCACGGCACGUGCAGACGCAGGUUUACUUCUUCUUUCCAGGCUGGACGCCUCCGACGGCCCACGGCUCGUUCUGUGCAGAGUCCCCGGUCCUGCUCACGCGCGGGACCCUGCCCAGCAGAUUAGCCUUAUUCUGCGAAACAGCAGCCCUGCUCCCCAGCAAGCCAUGGCUUCUUUGUGGAGGCUGUGCACCCUUCUUGGAGCCUUGGGGUCCUUGCUGGUUCCCGGCACCACUGUCCAGCCCUGAGGCUUUCCUGUGGUGGGGAGCGAUGGCUGUUCCAGAAGGCCCGGUCUAUUGCCUCCUUCGGCCUCUGCAGAGUCCAGUCUCGCCUGUGGAUCAGGUCUACAGAAGAAAAACAAAUGAAUCUUGUCCCUGCUGGGCCCUGCCACGGGCAAAUGAGGCCCCAUAUCCCUGCUCCCACCUGGCCCUGGACCCCCCAACCCCGAGAAACACCAGUGGAAGAGGGAAGGAGGGCACAGGUGCGGUGGCCGGCAGCCUGAAGACAGGACCCCCCAACUCCUUGCGGCGCAGCCCCCCAAGAGCUCCUGGGGCUCUCAGCAUCGCCGCGCUGGACCCGCCCCCUGCGCUGGACCCGUCCCCUGCGCUGGACCCGCCCCCUGCGCUGGACCCGCCCCCUGCGCUGGACCCGCCCCCUGCGCUGGACCCCCCCACUCCCACCAGAGGCGCUGCAGACCUGGGGUCUCAGUUUCCCCGGCAGUGA